GUGGCCAUAGAACAACAUACGUCAAUAUCAGUAGCUUUGUGAUAGUAGUAGACAUACACAAGUACGCUAUUGUGCAUUAUGUAUGCGGAAGGAACCAAAGAAGGUCACUUUCACGACACUGUACAGCCCCAAUUUGUCGAUAAAACCAAGAUGUCUGCCCAGAGGAUGAGCGUAAUCCAAGAAAAGGGUGCUAAUUGGCAUCCUAGGGGUUAUAAGUCGACUGAUACUAGACUUAACGUGGGUAAUCCACUCUAUCUAGGAGAGUACCAAGGGCACUCUGGUAAUACGGGGUGGUCAGAUGAAUCCAACCUCCCAUUUGACCCGGCUCAGCGCUUUGGCUCAAAUUCAUAUAAUCGCUUUAUGGGUGGUGCCACUGGAUACGGCCACAAUGGUUAUGUUAAUAACCUUCCUAAUUCAACUACGGGGGCAUUGCAGAAUACUGCUCAAGCUACACAAUCGACGACGAACGAUGCAAUAUACCCGUCUGUGGUUGAAAAUGUAUCACCAACCCAACCUUCUACAGCGCAAACUGUGAAUUCGCCGCCUGAAUCAAGUGUCAAUGUUGACAUUGAAGAUGUUGCCCAUCAUUUCGUAUACAGGUAUUAUUCGCUUCUCCACAGCAACCCUAGUGGGAUGUUCAACCUUUAUUCUCGAAAAGCCCAUAUUUGUAAAAACGACCUUCACGGGAAUAGAAUAGCGGUCAACGGUCACGCAGAUAUCAAGAACUACUACUCCCAAUUUUUACCGAAGCAUACCACAGCUCAUAUCAGGCAUAUCGAAGUUCAGAAUAUAGGAAAUCAGGGUUCGCUACUAAUUUUAAUUGUUGGAGAUGUUAACACACGAAUGAAUAACAAAAUUCUGACUAAACGAGUGUCACAUGCAGUCGUUCUCGUUGGUGAUCAGGCAAAAACACGAUUUCACAUUGUCAAUGAUGUAACCAUUCAAGAACAGAUUGUAUCAGAAAAAACUGAAGUAGAGACUCAGCCCAUUGUUCAUAAGGAGCCAGAAGCCGUGGUUCCGCCGAAGAACCAAGUGAUGCCUCAGGCUCCUCCGAGUACUCAGGAAGUAAUCAACGACAGUCAUGCACAAAAGAUGCGCGAAAGAGGUAGAUGCGUAAUUAUGGGUCUACCUAAAGACGUUACGGUUGAUGAACUGAGGAAAGCAAUUAAUAACCGUUUUGCGACGUCAAAUAAAAAGGACGCAAGGGUUUUACGCGUUGAUAUCAAGAUUCCGAAUCAUGGUGGAGAAGACGUGCCAUUAAUUGCUUUUGUUCUAGUGGAUAGCUGGUACGCAGCAGAUGUGCUUGUCAGCGGAGGGAUUGUUGUUCGUGAUAAGAGAUUCAGCGUUGACAUACACAAGAGAGGGCAUAAUUCGCGUGAAUUGCCUGCUGCGGGACAAGGUCUACGUCCACAUAACAAGCAUAAUGCAUGGUAGACACGCCUAUAUCAACAUACUGCGUGAAGGUGCCCUUCACGGUAAUU